AUGCUUUCAUGGAAAAAGAAGAUCAAAGACCACAUGAAGAAGGAUGGUUCCAAAGAAAAUUUGGCCAAUCCUACCGAAUCGUUGUCUCCAGUGAUAUCAUCAAACAGUAAAAACUCACUUAACAGCUCAGCCAACCUCACCGACGCCGUCAACAAUUUGUCCUUAAACGACCAGCAUAGUAAUACAAUCACCGGUAAUGGUCCUAACAAAAGCACCUCCGGUGACGAUGUCAAUACUGCUAACAACAGCACCAUCUCCGAACAUCAUGGUGAAGCAUCAUCAAAAAGCGACUCAACUGCCGCCGCAGCGGCUGCCGCUGCCGCUGCUGCUGCGUCAUUGGUAAAUGACAUCGCCACUACAGUGAGACCUGGAUGUUUAACUGUCAAAUUAUAUUCUGGUAAGGAUUUCAAAUUACCAUUUGAAUUGAUCUUAAAUGACUUUAUUUUACAAAAAAUUGCCAGUUGUGCUGAUGAUUGUGAUAAAGAAUUAUUGGCCAGAAACAUCAAGCAAUCGGUGGAAGAUGCCCAAGUCGAUCUAUUAUCAGGAGAAUUGGGUACCCAGUGCUUACCGGCAAUUGUUUCGGUUCCAAAUUCUUCUGAUGAUCAGUCAGGGGUUAGAAAUCCUUUGGUUUAUAUCACCGUCGAGUUUGACAAGAACGUUUCUUUGGUACAACCAUCCAGCGGGCUAAUUGCCAACCCAGAUUUCAAUAAUGUGUCAUCAUUCGAUGUCAAUGGAAACGGCUUAUUGAUAAUUCAAAUCUUUGUCAAGAUCCCAAACAUUUUAAUCCCAAAGAAAUCGACGUAUCUUCUCAACCCAAAAGCACCUUCACAGGAUAUUCUUAUUGGGUCGAUUAAGAUUCCAUUGAACUUAAAUUAUACCAGCAAGGAAAGAAUCUUGGAUCAUGAAUGGUUGAAUUUGACUUUGCCUUCAGAUACAGGAUCUACCACAACUAUUGGCGGGGCGUUGAAUUUGACCAUUGAAUUUAGACCAAAUAAAAGUAACAAAUCUUUGACCAUUGAUGAUUUUGAUUUGUUGAAAGUCAUUGGUAAAGGUUCGUUUGGUAAGGUGAUGCAGGUUCGCAAAAAGGAUACUCAGCGUGUGUAUGCCUUGAAGAGUAUUAGAAAAGCUCAUAUUGUGGCAAAAUUGGAAGUUACCCAUACGUUAGCCGAAAGAAACGUAUUGGUCGAAGUCAACAACCCUUUUAUUGUUUCAGUCAAAUUUUGCUUCCAGUCCCCUGAUAAACUCUAUUUUGUGUUGGAUUUCAUCAAUGGUGGUGAAUUGUUCCACCAUUUGCAAAGAGAAGGACGGUUUUCUUUGGAUCGUUCGAGAUUUUAUAUUUGUGAAUUGUUGUCAGCCAUCGAGCAUCUUCAUAGCUUGGAUGUCAUUUACCGAGACUUGAAACCAGAAAACAUUUUGUUAGAUUAUCAAGGUCACAUUGCUCUUUGUGAUUUUGGAUUGUGUAAAAUGGAUAUGAAAUUGACCGACAGAACUGACACCUUCUGUGGGACUCCCGAAUAUUUAGCGCCAGAACUACUUUUGGGUCAGGGUUACACUAGAUCCGUGGAUUGGUGGACUUUGGGGAUUUUGCUUUAUGAAAUGUUGACGGGAUUACCACCAUUUUACGACGAGAACAUCCCAAGAAUGUACAAAAAGAUUUUGGGUGAUACUCUCAAAUUUCCAGAGAUGUUUGAUUUGCAAGCUAAAGAUUUACUUGUGAAAUUGCUCGAUCGUAAUCCAGACAAGAGAUUGGGUGUCAAGGGGUCCGAUGAAAUCAAACAGCAUCCAUUUUUCAAAGACGUUGAUUGGGUGAAAUUGAACAAUAGAGGAUAUGUGCCACCUUUUAAACCACCGGUAUCAGGGGCAUUUGAUACCAAGAAUUUCGACAGUGAAUUCACCAGCGAAAUUCCCGCCGAUUCGGUGGUCAAUGAUCAUUUGACCAGAUCAAUGCAAAAGCAAUUCGAAGGAUGGACUUAUGUUGGUGAAAGUAAAUUGAAUGCUGGUAAUUGA